AUGGGUUCGCAUGUCAACGAGCUGACUAGGUUCGAAGGUCUUGCCGAUCUCAGUGCCGAAAAACUGCAACAGCUGGAGACAGUUUUCAAGUCAAUUCUGGCGUUGCCGAUCACCUGGGUCACCUAUGCUCAGAUUAUUGAUAGGGAAAGAUCUUAUGUAGACCCCCUUCGGAAACUCCCAACGAAGGUUGCUGAUGUUAGCGAUCAUUUGAACCCCAGUGAUGGGGCUACACACUAUCACGAGGAGUUCUGGAAAGUCUUCACCGCACGGGCUCGUGAAGUGUAA